AGUAUGUCGACGACGGAUAUGUCCAGUGGGCUUGACAUCCUCCGGUCACUUUACCGACACAUACAGACACUGGAGGAGUUUGCGAACAGCAUCGUGUUCAGAGAGGGACACAGGGCAGUGCUGGUUGAACAGUCAGACACAAACCGCUUCACAUCUUUCGUGCGGUCUGUUUAUGUGUGUUUUGACAAGGAGCUACAGCAAGUGCCAAGCUGCAACCAGAUCUGCACUCUGCCUGAACUGCUGGCCUUUGUUCUAAACAGUCUGAAAAGAAAAAGAAAAAGGAACGUCUUGGCACACGGCUACAAUUUUCUAUCCUUGGCUCAGGAGGAGCGGGAUGCGGACCACUUUAAAUUCCAAGGAGAUGUAACUCAAAGCGCUGCCUACAUCCAUGGCAGCGACUUGUGGAAGAAAGUCACAAUACGUCUCGGCACAGAUAUAACACGGUACCUGUUGGAGAGCUGCUCAGUGUUUGUGGCAGUCCCUCCUUCGUGCAUGUUCCAGGUGAGCGGCGUUCCUGUGUAUGACAGGGUGUCCAUGGCUACUCCAUCCACUGGGUUUUGUCUCCAGCCUCGUUCCAGGGCACAUAACGGUAAUCAGUUCGGAAGGUAUCAAGGGUCAGUGACCUUGAAAAGGAGACUCAGAGUUGAGAAUCCUACAGUCAGGAAGAAGAGGAACAGAACAGAUGUAAGAGUGAAGAAAGGGAAAAGAAAGAGAGAAACUGAUCAGAAGGAUGAGGAAGAAGCAACGACUUGUUCUGGAAAGAGAAGACGGGUAGGACAACAAGAACCCACACGGGACAUCCGACAGGUUUGCUUUGAGACAGUGGAGGGAGAGCAGCCCAUGUCUCUGGGACGAACACUUUCUAUGAAAGCUUUGGAAAAUGGUAGUAUUGGUUCUAAACAGCCUGUUGAAAUGCAAACAGCCAUUCUUCCCUUGGAGGGAGGACCCAGUUGGAGAUCAGGGGUUUUCCCCCCUUUACCUCCUUCACAAUGUUUUAUCCGCACGCUGGGAUUCAUGUAUGGGGGAAGGGGAAUGCGUGGCUUUCUUCUCAACAGGAAAAAGAAGAGUGCUGUUGGAUCCAAAAGGCUACAAGGGCGAGAUUUGGUGAGAAUAGUCUUCUUUGAGGGACUGGCUUAUCUAAACGGACUAGAAAGGAAGCCAAAGAAACUCCCCCUGCGCUUUUUUAACAUAGUUCCCCUGUUCAAUCAGCUGUUGCGUCAACACAGGAGAUGUCCGUACAGCAGAAUACUGCAGAGGAUGUGUCCGCUGGUGGAGGAGAGAGAUGCAGGACAGGCAGAAUUGAGCUCCCUUUUGCCUCAACACUGUGCAGCUCACCGGGUCUACCUGUUUGUCAGGGAAUGCCUCUCUGCUGUGAUCCCAAAAGAGCUGUGGGGCUCCGACCACAACCGACUUCAUUUCUUUGUAAGGGUCAGGGGCUUCCUGCGCAGUGGCAAGUUCGAGAGGCUCUCAUUGGCUGAACUUCUGUGGAAGAUGAAGGUGAAUGACUGUGAUUGGUUGAAGAUCAGUAAAACAGGCAGGUUCCCGCCCAGUGAGCUCUCUUACCGGACACAGAUCCUGGGUCAGUUCCUGGCUUGGCUCCUGGAUGGCUAUGUUGUAAACCUCGUCCGAGCCUGCUUCUACGUCACUGAGAGCGUGGGCCAGAAGAAUGCCCUCAGGUUCUACAGACAGGAAGUCUGGUCCAAACUGCAGGACCUGGCCUUCAGAGGUCACCUUUCCAAGGGUCAGAUGGAGGAGCUGACUCCAGCACAGGUGGCAUCCCUCCCCAAAACCACUGUUAUAUCUCGCCUUCGCUUCAUUCCUAAGACUGACGGCAUGAGACCUAUCACACGAGUCAUAGGAGCAGAUGCCAAAACGAGGCUUUACAGAGGGCGUGUCCGGGACUUGCUGGAUAUGCUGCGGGCCUGUGUGCGUGCCACUCCAUCUCUUCUGGGCUCCACAGUGUGGGGGAUGACAGAUAUCCACAAGGUGUUGCGCGAUCUGGCUCCAGCCCAGAAGGAGAAGCCACAACCCCUCUACUUUGUUAAGGUGGAUGUGAGUGGAGCCUAUGAGAGUCUGCCUCAUGACAGACUCAUGGAGGUGGUUGGCCAGGCCCUGUCACCUGUCCAGGAUGAGCUCUUUACCAUCCGUCGCUACGCAAAGAUCUGGUCUGAUUCCCACGAAGGCCUGAAAAAGGCCUUUAUUAGACAGGCAGAUUUCCUGGAGGACAACAUAGGAUCCACCAACAUGAAAGGGUUUGUGAUGUCACUGCAGAAAAGAGGCAAAGUUCAUCACGCCAUAUUGGUAGAGCAGCAUUUCUGCUCAGAUCUUCACGGCAGAGAGGCGUUGCAGUUUUUCACCCAAAUGCUAACCGGCAGCAUUGUUCAGUUUGGGAAAAAGACAUACCGUCAGUGCAGAGGAAUUCCUCAGGGAUCGGUUGUGUCCAGUCUGCUCUGUUGUCUCUGCUACGGUCACAUGGAGAAUGUCCUGUUCAAAGAUAUUACUGAAAACAAAGGGUGUCUGAUGAGACUGGUGGAUGACUUCCUUCUGAUCACCCCAGACUUUCAUGAAGCACAAACCUUCCUCAAGAUCUUGCUGGCUGGGGUACCGCAAUAUGGUCUGGUGGUCAACCCGCAGAAGGUGGUGGUCAACUUUCAAGUGUCAGUGAGCGUGGACUCUUGUCCCGAUAUUCGCAUGCUGCCUCCUCACUGCCUCUUCCCCUGGUGUGGACUGCUGCUGGACACACAUUUGCUUGACGUCUACAAAGACUAUUCUAGCUAUGCAGGCCUGUCUCUGCGCUACAGCCUUACUUUGGGCUCUGUCCACUCAGCUGGACAACAAAUGAGGAGGAAACUGAUGGCCAUCCUCAGACUCAAAUGCCCCGCCCUUCUCUUGGACCUGAAGACCAAUUCUCUUGAGGCAGUGUACAAGAACAUCUACAAGGUGGUGCUGCUUCAUGCAUGCAGGUUCCAUGUGUGUGCCCAGAGUUUGCCCUUUGGUCAGUCGGUUGCUAAGAACCCUGUCUACUUCCUGCAGAUGAUUUGGGACAUGGCUGAGUAUGCCAAUCAGCUCAUCAGGCUCAGCAACAAAGGAUUGAUUUUAGGCAGUAAGGCUCAGACAGGCAUUGUGCAGUAUGAAGCAGUUGAGCUUCUUUUCUGUCUUUCCUUCUUGCUGGUGCUAUCGCAGCACCGUCCUCUCUAUAAGGAUCUGCUCCCACACCUGCACAAACGGAAGCGCAGUCUGGAGCAGCGUCUGGGGGAUCUGAGGUUGGCCAGGGUCCGACAGGCCACUAACCCGAGGACCCCAGUUGACUUCUUGGCCAUCCAAAUGUAGACUACCAGCUUUCCCCAGUUUCAGCUUCCAGCAACCAAGAAACUCUCAGCAGCUGAAAGGUGUGAACUAUGAACCUAUGAAUUAUGCCCAGCUUUUUAUAUUGUCUAUUUUUCUUCAAAAUCCACUGAAGUGGCACAGAUCUUUCUCCUGUCUCAUCCCCAGGUUUCAAGAGAGUGGGAUGAGCAGUGUGUUGAAAUCAGCCAUUUGGAUUUAUUGGAUCUGUCAGUGUGCCAAAAAAAUUGUAAUGUAGCUAUUACAGAUUGUCAGAAAAGCUGGCUUCAGGGAACAAGAGAAAAACAGCUCUUAGUCAUCUGCUCUGAUGCUAACCCUUAAAUGAUAAACUCACGUUGUAAACACACCCUGUAAAAAACAACCCCCAUGUCAGUAAAGACGGAUAAUUGAAAAUCAUCCAGCUACUGUACUAGAUGUCAUCUCAUCCUACUGCAAUUUGUCUUUCUGGACUUUGAUUUACACGAAUAAGACACGACAUCACUUUGCAAAUAAUUUAUGUAAGUAAG